AAAAGCUGCUGAUAUAUAUAGUUUUGGAAUGAUCAUGUGGGAGAUGACAUCAGGAAUUCCAGUAUUUCAUAAUGUUCCUCAUGAUUUAAACCUUUCUUUAAAUAUUUGUAGAGGUAUUAGACCUGAAAUUAUAGAAGGUAUGAUGCCCGAAUAUGUUGAAUUAAUGAAAAGAUGUUGGGAUAAUGAUCCUGAAAAAAGGCCAACUGCUGAAGAAUUAGAACAGUUUUUUUUUGAAUGGGACAGAAAAUAUCCAACAGAGGAAAAUAAAGAAAAGAGAAUAUCUAUACCUGAGAAUGAACCGGAAAUUACAUACCAUCCGAAAACUUAUUAUAAAAGUAGAAAAAUUGAUUAUUCAGCCAAAAUUAAUGAAAUAUUACAAAGUGAAACCUUGGCAGAUUGUAUAAUUACUGAAGAGGAAGCAGCUGCACAAGAAUUUAGUGAUUAUGAAGAAAACUAAUAAAAUAAGUUAAUAUAAAUUGGUGUAAUUUACAUAUUAAAAAUUGAUAAAAUAAUUAUUUAAGUGUAUUUAUAUUAAUCAUAUACAAAAUAAGUUUCAAUAUAUAUUAUAUAUCUGUAUUUACUUUGA